CGCCAAGCGAUAGGAGACGACAAAGCAGGGUUGCAGAGCAUCCAGGAUCAGCAAUGAGGGUGGACGUCGUCGCUUGCCUCAUGGCGCUGGCCGCCGUCUCGGUGUUGGCACAAAAACCGGCGCCGAAGUAUCCUGGACUUGCAGGCACGUUCGUUGCUGAGGUGGAGGCCAAUAUCCUGAACAAGAACUACACUGUGUACACGAGAGAGUUUUUUGACGACGUGCAGAAUGUGUCCCGCAUCGAGGUGAUGCGAAACGGCUCGCGCCAUGUCCGCGUCAACGAUUUCCGACGUCAGGCGUCGUAUCAUGUGGACGUGGACAAGACGACAUGCACGUCGGGACCCAUCAAGCCGGGGCCGGCGGUGAGCGUCGGCGCCGACGGACUGGCACACAUGGUCGGCGUGUCCGACUUCUUCCACUUCGGCAAGAAGUUCCACGACACGUACGAGGGCCAGGUGCGAGUGCGUGGCAUUCUGUGCGACAAGUGGCGCGGCCAAUACAGCGGGUCACAGCGCGGCCACACGUUCAACUACAGCCUGGAGUGGUUCUUUGCCGCGCAGGACAACUGGACCAUGCCGAUUGGAAACAUCGAGCCGGUGGCCGUUCCCGUACGGCUGGUGUUGCUUGGCACGGUGAGUGCCGCCGGGUCCGCUCAACGACAUGUCCACCACGUUUACGACUUUGUCGGCUUCCGUACGGGUGCAGCAGCUGCCGCGGCCAUGGCUAACAUGAAUGAGUUGUUUGAAGCUCCACGGGGAUACAACUGCAAGGGAGUUGGUGUGGUGAAGACGUUGCCCAAGUUGCCGAGCCGAUUCUCGUUCACGAUGUCGUCGAACAAUGGCGAGUUUGGUCACGUCAGCCACCGCUCGUAUUAUGGUUAUGACGCGGAUCGUGCCGAGACGGUCUCCGUCUUCCAUUUCCACCCGAACAACACGCACCCAUAUGGCACUGGAAGCGUGCGUUUCCUGCGCAACUUCCGCGAAGGUACCCAGUACAUCAUCUCGCGGCACAACUGUACGCUGUCGACGCUGCAGCCGUCCGGCAUCUCUGACAUCGGCGAGGAAAUCUCCUACUUGCACGGCCACGCCUCGAUAGCGUCGCCGAACGCCGUGUUCGGCUUCGAGGCGUCGCGCAACUUCACCUACGUCGGCCCGCGCACGGUGGAAGGCGUGCACGGCGAGACUUGGUCAGUACUGCGUGACGAUGUGAAGAUUUACCCGGGCCAGCCGGCCCCACUCACGCUCUGGGAGUAUACGUUCAGCUUGCCCACCUGGGCGUUUGACACGUUCCGCGGAGAGUUGAACUCCACUCAGAUCCCACUGGAGAUUCGUGGCUAUCUUGCGGACAGUGCCACCUUGAUCUCUAUCUCCGUCAUAUCAAACUUCGAAGUCGGCGCCCCCGGGGAGGCUGUCCUGGACGACAGCACCUGUUUCCAUGGCAAAGAACAGGCUACGCUGACGUUUGACCUUGAGACGGACUAUGAUGAUGACCGCGAGCUACACCGCUCGCUGGUCCAGUCCCUGGCCAAGACCAUGGAAGUGACGGUCGACCGCUUUGCUGUGACGACCUACCCCGGUCCUAGCAACAGACUGACGGUGGUCGUCCGCGUGCACGACGUUCCCAAGAUCGGUGACAAGGCGCUGCUUGACAAGCUCACGUCCAAGUCGUCGGCCAUCCGCCGGCUGUACCGCGAGAUCCACCACGGCGACUUCUUCGUCUCCAGCGCCGCCACCGGGAAAGUGCAAGCUGCAGAGCACAGCUUCUCGUCGUCCGAGCAGAGCACGAAAAUUGCGCUCUACCCCGGACACAUAGUUGCCAUCUGCCUGGGCGCGCUGUCCCUCGGCGUUUUAUUCGGCGUGGGUGGAGUGUUCUGCGUACAGCGACGGCUUUAUCUGAAGAUCGCGUAUCGCCGUGACAGCACGAUUUGAAAACUCGAACUGUCGCCGGUGUGUUGCCAGGCCUGGUCCGUUGCUGGCGCGGUGUGUUGCCAGGCCUGGUCCGUUGCUGGCCGCGCGGCGAGUGAGCGAGCGCUUGCCAAUGUACUGUCUCGCCGGCCGUCUGCUCUGCUCCGAACACUGCCCCGAACGCGGGUCCAGGCUAGCUCACCACCGCCUUCUCACGGCGGUGCACCGAUCGGGUUGGUGCCGACGUGUGAUCCAGUCAAGCGCCUCAAGUGCCAACACCACCGUUGCCCCCGCUGCUGGUGUUGGUUUCCACGCAACUCACGCCGCUCAUCUCCCGCAGCACAUUCCGUUUCACCCCUCUUCUUUUUUUUCGGUGUGCUGGGCUAGCUCACGCCUCGGCUCACGGUAUACCGCCAGAAUCGCGGUGACGUCAAGAUGUUGGUUCCUGCCUGAUUGAUGACGUCAUCUUGUUUAUUUUCUCCCAUUCUUCAUUUCCGGUUCUUACUGCAUGCAUGUUCAUGAUGUAAGUUACUGGCAAAUACGGAUCGUGUGUUCAUUGUUUUGAACGAGAACUAACUUUCUGUAAUAUAUUUUAUCAUACUUGUACACACAGAUACGUACGUAUGACAAGAAAAUAAAUACUUUUGUUUGCAAAGUACAUUACUAAUACUGGUACUUGUUUUCUAUGUCACUAGUACUAGAGAUAGCUCUGAUUACACAUGUUGUCGUUUUCUAGGCAUCGGGUAUAGUUUCCUCGCAUAGUGUGAACCUGGAUCAAGUGUAUGUGUACUUAUCACAUGACGGACUGAUUGUAGUCAUAUCCGGAUCCUAACUCCCUAUCGCAUACAGUGACAUUGUCAUUGGUGAUCAAAGUGAAGAAGAAAGAAAGGUUAUUUGACAUGGUAGUAUACCGGUACUGCAGUUUUUGUGGCUAGUUUCCCGGCGAGUUA